UAUUGGUAAAAGGUAUGUAUCUGUCUAAAUCCCAGAAACAAUUCUAUUUCUGUUAUCAUCACUAUUCUUGAAAUAGAAGUUUAACUAACAUUGUACAUUUGUAAUGUACUGAUUUUUAUUUAUUUUUUCUUCUUCCUAAUUUUGGUCCAGGUUUAAUUUUUUUUCCUAUAGUACUGCACUAUUUAAUAAGGGGAAUCACCACCAGCCUUCAAGCCAAAUAGGUGUGGCCUUCAGUUCUGACUCAUUCUGCAGUACUGCUUCUACUUAUUAGUGCAGUCAAAUAAACCAUAAGAUUUCAACUCCAUUUCCUUGCUAAGGGUGAAGAACACAGAAAUUAUGAAAAAAGCGAAACGUCAACUGUUACUUAAUAUUGCUGUUACCCAAAGGUACUAAUGCUUUACAGAAAAGCAGAUCUAGCUUGACCCUCUUAUUUUGCAUUAAACCGAGGGUGUACUUGCUGUUAUCAACUGUAUUUUUGGACCAAAAAAAUGAACUCUGUAAAAUGUGUUUUGGUUGGUGACACAGCUGUUGGGAAGACCGCUCUGCUUGUUCGAUUCACCACUGAGACUUUUCCAGAUAUUUACAGGCCUACAGUAUAUGAAAACACAGGAGUGGAAGUUUUUAUGGACGGAAUACAGAUUAGUUUGGGUCUCUGGGAUACAGCUGGAAAUGAUGCCUUUAAGGGAAUCCGUCCAUUAUCAUACCAGCAAGCAGAUGUUGUACUUAUGUGUUACUCAGUAGCAAAUCACAUGUCCUUUUUAAACAUUCGUAAUAAGUGGAUCAAUGAAAUAAGGAGCUACUUGCCUAAAGUUCCUAUCCUGGUGGUAGCUGCUCAGACUGACCAGCGUGAAAUGGGACCAAACCAUUCAGCAUGCAUUACUGCCGCCGAUGGAAAAAGACUAGCCCAUGAGAUCAAAGCUAAAGGGUAUGUGGAGUGCUCAGCCCUCAGUAACCGAGGGGUACAGCAGGUCUUUGAAUAUGCUGUACGAACAGCAGUUAACCAAGCCAGGAGACAUUCAAGAAGGAACAUUUUUAAUGUGAAUCAGUGUAAGAUAUUUUAAGUUCACAAAUGUGCACCAGAUAUUGCAUUUCAUUUUAUGCUAAAAUGGAGAACAGCUGCCAACAAAGCAAGGUUUUCUUGAACAUUCUGGAAGAACCCCCUCUAUUAGUGCAAGGAAAACCGUAAUGUUUUGGGCAAAUUCACCAAAUUAAAGACCGCAACAGUGAUAGUAGUAAAGUUAAAUCAGAAUCUCUGACUUCUUCAGAUGUUUAUAUUGGACUAUGAGUUAUUACUUUUUUGUGAAAGGGUAUUUCUAUAUAUUACAUUUAUAGUUUUUAUAAGAGAAAACGUGGUCUACAUAUGUUUCAUUCUGUUUACUUUCCAUAAGAAUGGAAGCUUGGGAAUUAUAGUACUAACGGUAUUUACUUAAAAGCUGGACAGGAACAGAUGUUAUUAUACAUAAUGGCACUAAUGUUACAUUUGUAAUAUCUUGAAAUCUUUUUUUGCUAUUGAAAUGAUAUGCAUUAUAUUUACAAAGUAUUUUUUCUGUUUAAUGGCCUGGUAAAAUUCCUAACUGUAUAAUGUAUGUUUUAUUUUCAUUCUUCACAAAUAAAUUGCAGUAUUUCCUUA